UUGUGGCUUUAGGAGCCGGGGCCUCAGGCCUCCUGGGGUCCCUAGCAGCCUUGACCAGAAACCAGCAGUCUUACGGGGUGAGAAUCGUGUUUGGGGGAGAGUAACCCUCAAAUUCCAGCAGGAGCCCAAAACUUGAGCCAGUAGGGUUUUGAGGGGCCAGAGGAGACGCGGGCCUCACAGGGUGACAGACAGGCCGGGGGAGGCCAUGUGGGUGCUCCCUUGGCUUUGGGCCUCUCCCUGGUGGCCUAUUUGGAGCUGAGGGGAAGUUGUCGGGGGGUCAGGGCAGCUUAGUCUGGUAGAAUUGGCGGCCCAUAGAGGCCAAGACUCAGUGGAUUUUUGGGACCAAAUUGUAGAUACAUUCUAGAACCCCUGAGCCCCAGACUCAUAACUGGAGACCCCUGAAAACGACAGAUCUAGGAUGUUAGCGUCCUAGAGCUAAAAUCCCGGAGCCGCAGACCAGGCAGGAUGGGCGGGGGUACGGGGUUAGGCAGGGGUCGAGUGCGGGUGGCAGGGAUUGUGGCACCCCUGGGUCCCAGACUGAGAGGCUCAUGGGAUUCCACCAUGCAAGCUGGGCUUCCCUCUUGUCGCUGGCCUCACAAACUCCAGCGUAGGGUCAGCGGGCCACCCAAGCCAGAGAGGCAGGGAGGAGGCUGGGUGCCACCUGUGUCACCCCUGUCCUGGCAGGGAGGCAAACCCAGGGCAGCCGGGUUUUCCGGGUUUGUGGGAUCCCAGAGAUGGGAUUUUUGCAAUACUCUACCUCCCAAGUUUGCAAUAUUGGCAGCUAAUUAAAAAAGAAUUUAAGACCACUGUCCACAUAAAACAAGAUCCCACAGUAUCUCUCCUCGCUGGUGCUAGGGAGGGUGAAAACCAUUGCGUAGCAGUUGUGAGACCUCAGUUUCCUCAUCUGCAAAGUGGGAACAACUGUACUGACUCACAGGUUGUGCUGAUGAUUACAUGAGUUAACGUGAGAAGUGCUUAGGCCCAGCCCGUGUGGGCACCGAUGACUCUUCACCUUGCCCGAGGCUGCCCCUCCCUCCCCUGCCACGUGACUGCUGAGUGGGCUGCGUUUUCUGCCACCCAGAGCCCCCAUUUCUCCUGUGGGUCCCCAAAUGUGCCACCACUGCCUUGGGACAGCCCCGAGGGUGUUAGAAGGCAGGGAAAUGUUCACCCCUUGGGACCCUGGGGGAGGAACAGGCGGAGGAGGCAGAGCCGGGAGGGCGGGCCUAGCCGGUGCCUGGUACAUAGUAGGUGCUCCAUAAAUGUUUAUUGAAUGAAUGAAUGGAGGCCGUGCAGGCAGAGGCGGCCGUGCGUGGCAGGCACUGGUGAAAGAGCGGGUCCAGUGGAGACUGGAACCAGGUGCCGAUGGGUCUCUCCCUUCCUGCCCCCGUCUCUCUCGCUCCCCCUCAGUGCUGCACGCUCCAGCCUCCUGUGGGAAUCGUCUGAAGCUCCGAGCCCAGAAGCCAGGGAGGAAGAGGAGGAAGAGGGACAGGAAGUAAAGCCCCGAGAAGCUGUUCACCUUCCGAGCAGGAGACAAGGAGCAGGCUGUGGGCCUCCAUCCCUCCUGGGUCACCUGCCCUAGCACCCCAAGAGGCCCCCAGCAGUUGGCACUGGCCGUGCCCGCCUCGCCUGGGGCCCCUGUGCUGGGGGUCGCCCCCAAGAUGGUGGCGGCCCCGGGGAGGACUGUGCUGCCAGCCCCAGCCUCCGGCCACUAGGCCCCCAGCGUCCCGGCCCCUCACCCUGAGCCUGGCCCUCGAGGGGGCCGAGGCCAGCGCCAUGCUGCGCCUGGGGCUGUGCGCGGCGGCGCUGCUGUGCGUGUGCCGGCCGGGCACCGUGCGCGCCGACUGCUGGCUCAUCGAGGGCGACAAGGGCUAUGUGUGGCUGGCCAUCUGCAGCCAGAACCAGCCGCCCUACGAGACCAUCCCGCAGCACAUCAACAGCACCGUGCACGACCUGCGGCUCAACGAGAACAAGCUCAAAGCUGUGCUCUACUCCUCGCUCAACCGCUUCGGGAACCUCACCGACCUCAACCUCACCAAGAAUGAGAUCUCCUACAUCGAGGACGGCGCCUUCCUGGGCCAGUCGAGCCUGCAGGUCCUGCAGCUGGGCUACAACAAGCUCAGCAACCUGACCGAGGGCAUGCUGCGUGGCAUGAGCCGCCUGCAGUUCCUCUUCGUCCAGCACAACCUCAUCGAGGUGGUCACGCCCACCGCCUUCUCCGAGUGCCCGAGCCUCAUCAGCAUCGACCUGUCCUCCAACCGCCUCAGCCGCCUGGACGGCGCCACCUUCGCCAGCCUGGCCAGCCUGAUGGUGUGCGAGCUGGCCGGCAACCCCUUCAACUGUGAGUGCGACCUGUUCGGCUUCCUGGCCUGGCUCGUGGUCUUCAACAACGUCACCAAGAACUACGACCGCCUGCAGUGCGAGUCGCCGCGAGAGUUUGCCGGCUACCCGCUGCUGGUGCCCAGGCCCUACCACAGCCUCAACGCCAUCACCGUGCUCCAGGCCAAGUGCCGCAACGGCUCGCUGCCCGCCCGGCCCGUGAGCCACCCCACGCCCUACUCCACUGAUACCCAGAGGGAGCCCGAUGAGAACUCGGGCUUCAACCCCGACGAGAUCCUUUCGGUGGAGCCGCCGGCCUCGUCCACCACGGAUGCGUCUGCGGGGCCCGCCAUCAAGCUGCACCACGUCACCUUCACCUCGGCCACCCUGGUGGUCAUCAUCCCACACCCCUACAGCAAGAUGUACGUCCUGGUCCAGUACAACAACAGCUACUUCUCCGACGUCAUGACGCUCAAGAACAAGAAGGAGAUUGUGACGCUGGACAAGCUGCGGGCGCACACCGAGUACACCUUCUGCGUGACCUCGUUGCGCAACAGCCGCCGCUUCAACCACACCUGCCUGACCUUCACCACGCGGGACCCUGUGCCGGGCGACCUGGCGCCCAGCACCUCCACCACCACCCACUACAUCAUGACCAUCCUGGGCUGCCUCUUUGGCAUGGUCAUUGUGCUGGGGGCGGUUUACUAUUGCCUGCGCAAGCGGCGCAUGCAGGAGGAGAAGCAGAAGUCCGUCAACGUCAAGAAAACCAUCCUGGAGAUGCGCUAUGGGGCCGACGUGGACGCCGGCUCCAUCGUGCACGCCGCUCAGAAGCUGGGCGAGCCCCCUGUACUGCCUGUGUCCCGUAUGUCCUCUAUCCCCUCCAUGAUUGGGGAGAAGCUGCCCGCCGCCAAGGGGCUGGAGGCCGGGCUGGACACACCCAAAGUGGCCACUAAAGGCAACUAUAUCGAGGUGCGCACGGGCACGGGUGGGGAUGGCCUGCCUCGGCCUGAGGAUGACCUCCCUGACCUCGAGAACCAGGGCUCAGCCACGGAGAUCUCCACCAUCGCCAAGGAGGUGGACAAGGUCAACCAGAUCAUUAACAAUUGCAUCGAUGCCCUCAAGCUGGACUCAGCCUCUUUCCUGGGGGGCAGCAGCGGUGGUGGGGAACCCGAGCUGGCCUUUGAGUGCCAGUCCCUCCCUGCAGCCACUGCCACCGCCUCGGCCGCUGCCCCUGGGGCGCUGGAGCUGCCCAGCUUCCUCUCACCCCCCUACAAGGAGAGCUCCCACCACCCGCUACAGCGGCAGCUCAGUGCCGAUGCCGCCGUCACCCGCAAGACCUGCAGCGUGUCAUCCAGCGGCUCCAUCAAGAGCGCCAAGGUCUUCAGCCUGGAUGUGCCUGACCACCCAGCCACCACGGGGCUGGCCAAGGCUGACUCCAAGUACAUCGAGAAAGGCAGUCCCCUCAACAGCCCGCUGGACCGGCUGCCGCUGGUGCCGGCGGGCAGCAGCGGGAGCAGCGGUGGGGGUGGGGGCGGGGGCGUCCACCACCUGGAGGUGAAGCCGGCCUACCACUGCAGCGAGCACCGGCACAGCUUCCCCGCCCUGUACUACGAGGAGGGCACCGACAGCCUGAGCCAGCGCGUGUCCUUCCUCAAGCCGCUGACCCGCUCCAAGCGUGACUCCACCUACUCACAGCUCUCCCCCAGACACUACUACUCAGGGUACUCCUCCAGCCCCGAGUACUCGUCGGAGAGCACGCACAAGAUCUGGGAGCGCUUCCGGCCCUACAAGAAGCACCACCGGGAGGAGGUGUACAUGGCCGCCGGCCACGCCCUGCGCAAGAAGGUCCAGUUCGCCAAGGACGAGGACCUGCACGACAUCCUCGAUUACUGGAAAGGGGUCUCAGCCCAGCAGAAGCUGUGACCCUCUCUUCUCCCCGGUGAGGUCGGAGCUGGAGGAGGGAGGCCGUUGGGGGAAGGGCCCGGGCGGCCUGGCGGGGGCAGACUGGGGGCCGGGGCUGAGAAGGGGACGCACACGCACACCCGCACGCACGCACCAUGCACACACCUGACCACCACCUGACUGUGAACAAACCAACAUCCGACAAUAACGGACAGGAAAACAAAGACACAUUUUCCUUAAAGUUUACAAACUGAUACCGAAACCAGUCGUCUUUACUGUGCUGCCCAGGGACUCUGCAGGGGUGUGCGGGGCUGGGGGGCAGCAGUGGGUAGGCAAGGAAGCCAGAAGAGGGUGUCGGGUCUGGAGCUAGGGCCAGGUGUGGGGCCAAAGGAGACUGGAGUAGAGAGGGACCGAAGCCCCUCUGGGGCAGGGAGAGGCCCCCCAGCUGGGGGACGGGUCAUUUUUAGAUUUGGCACCAGGUAGACAUUGGGCAUCAUUUCCCUCCACUUCAGGGGUGGGGAAACUGAGACCCAGGGAAAGGAAGUGUGAACCCCGGGUCCUGCAGGAGGUUAGGCCCAGAGCUGUCCUCAGCCCUCAGCAGCUCCCUGUGCCCCUCAUCAUCCCACCACCCCCUUCCGAAGCUGUGGUCUCCUGGGGCUGAGGGACUUGAGAAUCAGGCAGGUGCUUUUCCUUUCUAGAAAGCCCUACAGCAGUGCCCAGAGUGUGGAGCUGUGAUUCCUAGUCCUGGGGGGCCCUGGGAGAGGAGAGGGGUCCUGCUGACAGAAAAGGAGCCCAGCCAAGGGGACAUCCCACCAACCCCCUUCAAGUGUCUUCCAGGGGGUCUGGGGAGUGGCCUGUGGGGUCUGAGGAGAGGGGUGUGUGGUGGGCAGGCCGGCUCCCACGGCAUCUCAGGUGCAGGCCCCCGCACCCCCAGCCCCCAGCUUCCCGGGUCCUCCAGGACCCCUACCCACCCCAGAAGGGCAGCAGUGCACUGUGAUGCGGAGGCAGCGGGGGCGGCUGUAAUGGGGACUCGCUGCCUGGGCCCCACAUCCUGGGAUCUCAGGCAGGUCCCAGCCUGCCCAGGGGAAGGAGGGCUUUCCCACACACCCAUCUUGGUGGCCCAUCCCUGCCUCACCCCCUGGUCAGAGGGGCUCCCGUGUUUCCAUGGAAAUGGCCAUGCCCCUCUUUCUGACCCCCACCCAACAUCGAACAAAGCACAAACCAUGAGGUCCCCGCCCACAGGGGUGGGGCGCCCCUCCCCCUCCUAGCCGCCUCUGUUGCCAUGGCAACCUGGUGCCUGGCAGUUGGUGCCCAGAGCAACCGUUGGGCUCUGGGGCUCCUCUCAGUGUGGGUGGCAGAGGGGUGAGGGCAGGGAGGGCCAGGUGAGGCUGCCUGUCUCAAGAGCAGGGGCUUCCUGGGGCCAGGGCUGGGGGGCAAAUUGGGGUCUUGAGACCGUAGGGUCUUGGACUGUCAGGAUCUGAGGAGCCAGAGUCCAUCACUCCCUCACGUUCGGGUGGGAGAUGGGCCAGUGGGAGUGGGCACAACCUACUGGGCAUCUUUGCCUCCUGCCCACAUGUCCCUGGGCUCUCCACCCAACUCAGGAUGGGGGGAACCCUCAGCUCUCCCCGUCCCUGCCGGAGACCCCCCAGCUCCUAGCCUGUCGCCCACAUGGGUGUCUGAGGGGUGUGGCCUGAGGGGUGAGGGUGGACUAGGGUGGGACCAAGACCUGUACUGGGGGGCUCUGACCAGGCAAGCUAGUGCCAUCCCUUGGGGGGCUCCAGACCCUCCCGCUGGGUUGGGUGUGAGGAGGGCGGCAGGGCUCUCUCACACCUGCUCUGGGGUGGGCCAAGCCCAGGGCUCACUUUGGGGGGUGACAUUUGCAAAGAAAAGACUGUUCUCCUGGGGAGAAGAGGGGAGGAGGCUGACAUGGAUACGCAUAGCAGACCUCCCCCAGCCCCCCAAAACCUGCCCCACCCCUCCUCACACCCAGUUGGCACAACUGAGAGAAGCAGGCGGGCAGAGAAGCCAGCGGUGUGAGAAAGCAGAUUCCCUGUUAUAUUUGCAUGACGAUUUUACUGUAUUUUUCUGAGCAAACAUCUGUCGUGUAUGUGCCAGUUUGUCCAGACUCCCCCGCCUUCCCCCAACCCCCCACCACCCUCCCUUCCCAAAUCCCCUCUGUUGUGAUCUGACGAGCAGCUCUUGAAACCCAGGGAGGGGCCAGCUCUGCAAAAUACCUAAAACAGGUGCCACCAAGACACAGCCCUGCCCCACACCCACCUCCUGUCUUUCUGGGCAUUGAGCCCACAAGUGCCACCCCCACCCAUCCACUGCCACCUCCCCUGCCCUGGUUCCAGCCCCUUCCCUGCCUGGGCCAGGGUGGGCAGCCCAGGGACACUCCAAGAGCUCAUCUCCCAGCAGAAGGGAUAUGAUGAUCCUCUUACUGUCCCGCUUGUUCCCAUUUUGCAGAUGAAGAAGUCAGGGCCCCCAAAGAAAGGUCUGUCAAUUUGGCCAGCCAGGUGGGGAGGGCAGUCACACUGCUGAGUACAGGAGGCCAAGAACUUGGGGCUUUGUGGGAGGCUUCAUGGCAGGCUUGGGGCCCUGAGGGAGGACCCAUGGCAGGAAGGAGCCUGGAGUUGGCCGGGCCUCACUGGAGGUGGGGCUGCCCCCAGGGAGGGCUCCGUCCUUGCCGGGUCCCCAUCCUUCCUGGUUGAAAAUGACCCAUAAAAGCCUCAACUGUCUACCUGCAGGGGAAGGGCCCCAUCUUUACCUGAGGACCCUGACACGCCAGGAGGUGAACCGACCCGCAGGAUGCAGGUCACUCAGUUCCUUGUGAGGCAGAGCCAGGUCCCCAGCUGUCCAGGCCAGGCCCCUUUGGGGAGGAGCCCACCUGGAGGCUCUCGUGUGUCCUGCCUCCCAUUCAGGGUGGGUUUUCCCCAGUGGGAGCGAAAUAUUUGCAAAAGAUGAAUGAUCGUCUCCAUCAGGGAGUCUGGCUGAGGCCCUGUGUUUGUCAUGGUGACGGGCACAGUGGGCCUGGGCAGGUGGGAGGGAAGGGGGC